GCACAUUCUGUCCACAGCUCAGUCUGAAAACAUGGAUGAGGAGGUGAUGGAGCAUAUAUUUUUACUGGUGCUAGUUACACUGCUUAGUGUUAUGCAGAAUGCAUUGUUUGCUCAGAAAGUUGAAAAGGAGUGUAAGGCAAAUCGCAAAUCAGCUGCAUAUGAUAGACUCUUUUGUGCCAGUCGAAACUGUAUGGAUACAUACCCAACUUUCCUGGCAGUCAUGUGGUGUGCUGGCAUCUGUGUCAACCAAGCAUCAGCAGCUUUUGCUGGAAUUAUAUAUCUUGUGGCCAGACAAAAGUACUUUGUUGGAUACAUGGGCCAAACAUUGCAAAGUACUCCUGGUUUUCUGUUUGGAAAACGAGUCCUCUGCUUCCUGUCCCUCAUGUGUGUUGUGGGUGUCCUGAACUACCUGCUAGCCACCUAUGGAAGCAAUAACUAUAAAGAGUACAUCCAAACCAUCACCAAAGCUGCCUCUACUCUUCUCCUUAUCCCUUAGACAGCCUGAAGACACUUGGUGCAUUUGGUUCAAACAUUUUUAAUGCAGCUACACACAUAUAGCAAAGCAAUGAUGGAUUAAUGUCUGUUGAGAGCUAUGCAAGCUUAUACAUGCAUGAUAAAUAUUGCAUAUUCUGUAUUACCUAUACUGUUUUCUUGGUAACUAUACAUUUUCUUGGUUAAUGUUUUCAAUCAGGACACUCAGUUUAAUA